ACGAAGGGGUGCAAAGACACAAAUUGUACGCAAGGAAGGCGUGGACUCGGCAAUAUGAGAUUCAGGAAUACGGGGAUUGAGGCGAGCAGGCGAGAACUGCAAACAGUGGCAUGGAUCCCAGUUUGAAUAAUGAGGAACAUUUUCAGGAACCCAUAGAAAGGGGGUUGCAAAUGGGAUCUACAUGUCUUUAAUGCGACAUAUCUAAGCUGCUGCAUCAACACAGAGACAACAUAUUCGUAGAGGGAUGAAUCUCCUUCCAUUCUGUGGAGGCCCCCCAUUUGUGUCCGAUGGAUUUCCCCGUGAACAUUGCAUUGCUUGGCACCAGCAACUCCACCGCUCCAGACAACACCUCUGGCACGGGUUUAACGCUGGAAAUAGUCACCAUAGCACCGGUGUUACACAGCUUUUUUACGAAGGCCAGUCAUGGAAACCUUACGGGCGGAGGCGACGAAAACCAACAACACAUACCCGUGCAGAGCGCGGAGGGAAACUCGGUCCUCCAGGGCAUCACGGUGGCAGCUCAAGCCUUGUUGCUCCUGGCCAUCUUCCUCCUCUCUAGUUUAGGGAAUUCUGCGGUGGUGAUUGUCAUAAUAAAACAUCGACAGCUGAGAACCGUUACCAAUGCUUUCAUCAUGUCCCUUUCACUGUCUGAUUUCUUGACGGCCGUUCUUUGUUUACCGUUCUCGUUCAUGAUGCUCUUCAGCAAAGAUGGUGUGUGGAUGUUUGGAGACCGUUUCUGCGUCGCCAACGGGUUCUUCAACGCAUGCUUUGGUAUUAUUUCCACACUGACAAUGACUCUAAUUUCUUUUGACCGGUAUUAUGCCAUCGUGAGGCAACCUCAGGAGAAGAUAGGCAGGAGGAAGGCCAUAACGCUGUUGGUGGCAGUGUGGUUAACAGCAGUGUUUUUCUCCAUUCCAUGGUACCUGGUAAUGCGAACAUCCAAGGAUCUAGUCGUCCAUAAAAGGGGCUUCUACCACUGUAUGUAUGUCUUUCACACUGGUACUUCUAGGAUGGGUACCUCUUACAGUAUAGCUUUAAUAGUGGUGUGUUAUCUCCUUCCGUUUGCGCUCAUGUGUUUCUGUCAUUAUAACAUAUGUAAGACCGUUAGGUUAUCAGAAAUAAGGGUGCGGCCGGUGACCACUUACGCGUAUUUACUCCGGUUUUAUAGUGAGAUGAGGACGGCCACGACAGUGCUGAUUAUGAUAGUGUUUAUCAUCUUCUGCUGGGGCCCCUACUGUCUGAUGGGUAUCAUCACCGCCGUGGGAGAUUACUCAUUCAACCCUGUCAUGGACACCGUGGCAAUAUGGAUGGCAUGGGCAAACGGUGCCAUAAACCCGCUCAUUUACGCAAUUAGAAACCCAAACAUAUCGAUGCUUUUAGGCCGAAGCCGAGAAGAGGGAUAUAGGACUAGAAACAUUUCUGUCUACCUAUCUACACAAACCCAAAGCAGGGAUGUAAGAACCAGGGCCGACCAAAUCAGAGACCGGUAUGUGAGCAGGCAUGGUGCAAACAGCCGGUUGUCUUCCUCCAGCCCAGCGAAUGGAGGAGAGGUUGCGAUGUGGGCUUGUAAAAACCCCGCGGUGUUCUUCUGUAGGGAUGCUCAGCCAGAUACUCUGUCCGAACCCACGGUGCCAAAAGUUGAAACUGCAGAUACAAGUCUGUGAUCGUACUUUUAUUUUCGAGAAACAUGAUGAAUGUCAAAAUGUUGAAGUAAUUUAAUGUGCCAAAGUUUUGAACAAAUUGAGAAAGAGGAAAAGUAGGCCUAACUGUUAAUUAGUGAUAAGGGAUAUAAAAGUCAGUCCUAUGAAUUGACAACCCGCGUUUGGACACUUUAUGCAGUGCCAAGCGCUCUACACACUGAUGGAACAGAGUGCACAUUUAAAAGCCCAAUGCAUUUUCAGGCCAUUUAAGCAGUGUGAUUUAUAAAAUAUUCAAAAUGAUUAACAUCUCAUUUGAAUAUAUGUAUUACUUUAUGCCUUAUCAGAUACAUGUUCAUUGCGCAACCUUUACCACUGGGCGCAGACGUCAGUUCAACGUCUAGUUUUGAUUUACAUUUGGUUGAGUUGUCAAAUAAUGUGAAUUCAACAAGAGCCAGUCUUUCGAUUCCACUUUGAUUUGAGGCAGAGUUCAUUGCUAUAGUAUUAAACUGUCAAAAGUGGCACCCCAAACCACUAAAUCCCAUUGAACUAACCCAAAGGAAAAACUGGAUAAUGGCGAUAGCUGUUUAAUUUAGGCUGAUUUCUUUUUUGAUUUGGGAUAGUGCAUUUGUCCUCAUUUAUACUGUAUUCAGGGUAGAGGUUUAAUAUGGAAUACUGUGAAGAAUUCAGGAUUUUAAAUAAAGUGUGCGUGCGCUUUGAUUUGAUGUUCAAGAUGUCAUGUAUGGCUGGCCAUAGCGAUUUGCUAGAACAUGAAACAAUGCUAUGAAAACACAAUUUAAUGUGCCUGUAUUAAAAAAGGUGUAUUUUGAAUACCAUACUCAUUAGUUUGUCCAUUUAAAAUGUAAUAAUUGUAUUGCUUGCCAUAAGAAAUUGCGAGUUGUCAGAAUUUGAUUUUAUUGGUGAGUUGUUUGUUAAAUCAUAUUUUAACUUAAAAUGUAUAAAAUAAAUGUUUUGAAGCAUCAUA